AUGAUAUAUUUUAGUGUGAUUAAUGCUACAACACUUUAAUCUGGUUCAGUUCAAAAGUCAGCCAAACUUAUAGGAAGGUAGAAUAAUUUGGUAUAGGCUAAGUGAUAGAAGCAGAAUUUAAUGGCAACACUGUCAAGUAAGUAGGUAUCCUUAUUCUUCUUUAAACUAUGAAUAUUCUGCCGAAAUUAAAAUGUUUAUGUCUAUUAAACUUCUCUUUUGGGGGUAUAUAAAUGAAUAUGUAUGUUACUGUAUGAUGUGUGUGUCUGUGUAUGUGUGUCCUUUAUACAUGUGUAUAGGUUUAGGCACCAGUGUGUGGACAUGGAGGCCACAGUGGGACAUUGGACAACUUGCUCUAUCACCCUCCAGCUUAUUCCCUUGAAACUUAACCUGAAAUCUCUAACCUGAAUUUUAACCUGAAAUCUCUAAUUUAACCUGAAAUUAUGCUGGCAGUCAGAAAGACCUACCAACCCUCCUAUUUCUACUUCAUCAUCCAACUUUGAGGUUACAGUCUAACUUACUUUGUUAAAUGUGGGUUCUUGUGAUUCAAAUUUGGGUUCCCAUGCUUGUAGAGCAAGCACUCUUCUCCACUGAGCCAUCUCCCCAGGCUUGACACAUUUAUUUUAGUUGUUUUAUUUUAUUAAAAAUUUCUGUCUCCUCCCCACCUCCCUUCCCCCCCUCCCCAUGCCCCACUCCCCUCCCCUUCCCUUCCAGUCCUAAGAGAAGUCAGGGUGCCCUGCCCUGUGGGAAGUCCAAGGUUCUCCCCCCUCCACCCAAGUCUAGGAAGGUGAGCAUCCAAACAGGCUAGGCUCACACAAAGCCAGUACAUGCAGUAGGAUCAAAACCCAGUGCCACUGUCCUUGACUUCUCAGCAGCCCUCAUUGUCCACCAUAUUCAGAGAGUCCGGUAUUUUUAGUUGGUUUUAUACAGUUUCUGUCAUAUAACGGUUUGGGCAAGUUCUUGAGCUGAAUAUAAAGAAGUACACAGAUAGAGAGUUCCUUCUUGAUAGGCAUAUUUAAUCACAGAGAAAAAUAAAAAGGAAGGUGGAGAGAAAGGAUAGUUUAACAGCUGAAAUAGAAUGAAUUAAAAAGCUGGUAGUUGAUUUUAGAAGACCUUUUUCUUUAGGAUCUUAAGUCAAAAACAUGGGAGAAAUCAAUUUAAUUUGCACAUUUAGAUCAUAUGUCUGCCACCCGACGAAAGUUAAUAAAGGACUUCAGCGGCAUCUUUUUAACAAUCUGUGAACAGUGCCGUUGUCAUGAAAUGUGUUGAUCGCUGAUCCUUACAUUUAAGAUCCUUAUCUUUUAGUGGUUUUUGAUGCCAGUGUUGUAAAAUAAUUGUGUUGUGAAUAGAAAAUAUGUAUUUUAUGGAAUAUAAAGUUAAGUGAAGAGAUAAUAGAAAAUUUCCUUAGCAUAAGUUAAAUAUAAGGCAAAAUUAAAUAUAAAUUUAGUGUAUCUGAGGCAAUGGAUUUUUCCUUGCAUUGCUAGUUAGCCUAUCAUCACAAGUAUUCAGAGUAGGUGCUUGAUCAACUCUUGAGAAAUACAAGUGACGUCAAGUGAGGGUUAGAACAUUGAAUUUUUGUCUUCUCUUAGUUGGGGAUGUUCUGUGUUUGGGUUAAUGGUACUUAGUCCUGGCAAGGUAACCUUUGGCUUUUUGGGGUAUGAGAAGUCAGCACAGAGAUAGGUCUUAGAAUUAGAGAGACCUGUAUUCAAAAUUUCUCAUGCCAAUUACUAGCUCUGUGACACUGGGAAUGUUUGUUAACUAUUGUAGAUUUCAUUUUCUAGUCUAUAAAAUGGGGUGGACUAUGCCUGUAUGAUAAGGUGGCAAAUUGAAAAGACACAAAAUGCUCAGUACAGUGCCUGGCACAUAGUAAGCGCUCAAUAAAAUAUUGCUAUUAUUAUUAUUAUAAUACUGUAAGUAUUGUAUAUUCAAACAUGACUAUUUUUGGCAAAAUUUUAAUAUUAAUUCACUUCAAAAUAUGGUAUACAUGAUGGCUUUAAAAGAAAGAAUAAGAAUUUUAAUAUUCUUCCUUGUUUGCUAAUAAGUGACACCUGAAACAGUUCCAUUGUUCUUUCAGUAAUUCUUUUAUACUGUAUUUAUAAUGUGAUUACUAUUGCACAAUGUUGAUUUAUCUGGUGAUUAGAGGUAAAGACUUUUUGAUAUAAAUGUCUAGUACUCUUGAAAAUCCAUCUACUUAGUCCCACUUUAAAUAUAAUUAAGGCACUCUGAUAUAGGUAAUGAUGAUAAAUCUGUAUAGAAUGCCUUCUUGACCACUAAAUUUUUAGCUUAGUUUCCUUACAAAUAAUUGUGCAAGGCAAAGUAUUCUUGAUAGGCAAGGGAGAUUCUUUACAACUGACUUCUGAACUUUUUGAUAUUUCAUACAUUUAUCAUGGAAUUUAGGAAUUUUUAAGGAUUGGUAUUUAGAAAAUAGGGUAUUCAUCAAGACUUUGGUAGUGUGAUUUUAAAACUAUGCAUCUUUCAUUGCCUCAUUCAAUUUCAGACUACUGCCUACUAGUAUUAUUGCAGAUUACUUCCAUCACAAACCUUUCUUUCAACUUUGAAUACUUGGUAUGCUAGGCACUGUAUGUGCCUUGGUACCUCUCUCCAUGACUAUCAUCAUCUUUGGUAGUGAUCCACACAUUGCCUUGUAAGAAGACCCACAUGAAUGCCCACUGUAUCAUUGAUAGUUGUUUGAUUUUUAAGUCAUGGGCCAUUCCCAGUGCACCUUACUAGUUUUGAUUUAUUGAGUUCUUUGUGUGCAAUACAUGUGCCAAUUCCUGUCCUUGUAAGCAUUUUCUAGUAUAAAUACUGAGGGACUUGAGGCUAUACCUCAGCUUUCAUUUCAUAUGGCUGUUAUGUAAGUUCUAGGGAGUGAGAUCAGAACUUUACAUAUAUUUUUAUCCAUGAGAUGACCCUACUAAAUUAUAAUUUUCUUCAUUUUCCCUGUCUACAGGGGUGGGCUCUCUCUCUCUCUCUCUCUCUCUCUCUCUCUCUCUCUCUCUCUCUCUCUCUCUCUCUUUCUCUCUCUGUAUGUGUACAAGUAAUUUUCUAGCUCUAGCUUCUAUCUUCCGUGACUGGGACUUAGGCCCAGGCUACUAAUCUACUAAUUUUGUCUCUGAAUAUAAGGGCUCCUAAACAAUUGCCAGCCUUAACUCCUGAUUUUCAGAAUGUUAUACAAUAUCUUUUGUGCCACUAGGCUCCAAAACGUUGCAUCUGUACUCUUGCAUGUGAAUGCUAGCCUUGGAUGUGCUUAAGUUUACUAUACUCUAGGUUUGAUAUCUAGAGCUGGCUUGGCAAACUACAGCCUUUAGGCCAAAUCCACCCACAUACACAUUUUAAAAAUAAUUUGUUUUAGUGGAAUAUAGCUCUAGCUAUAAUUUUCCUUGUCUGUGUUUACACUAAUAGCAUAAUUGAGUAGUUUCAAUAGACACUAUUACAUUUUAACAAACCAAUCUUUUACAGAAAGUAUUUGCUGAACCCUGAUCUAGAACCAAGUAAUUUUUCUAGUUGAAGGUAGUAAAUAUUCUUCGAUAAUUUUCAUUCUACUGGCAUUUAUUCUGUCAAUCCAUAAAUGCUAAAAAGUCAGUUCAUUGAGAUUGUGGAGAUAGGUUCUAGCACAUUCAAAUUACUUUGUUCCUUGAACUUCCUCUUCCUCUUUGUUAUCUACUUGUUGCCCUUGUUUUCUUUUUAGUAGAAGAGAUGUUGUGAUUGUAAAAGCCUGUGCAAUGAUUUAACUAUCUUUUAAUCUAAUAUCUACAUCAUAAUACAAACAUGGUCUUCUAAUUUCUAAGAUCAGGCCUUUCUAUCUUUCAGUAUCUCUAACUCAGGUCUUCUAAGUUCCACAAAGGACAAUAGCUUGGAUAACUUGAUUUUCCUCACAUCACAACAUCCCUAUUUUCUAGUCUCUGGCCUGAAGCAUUUCCAGUUCUUGUGUUUUCUAAUCUAUCUAGUAUAUUAGAGUUGUUAAAAGCCUCCCAUCUUCCAAUAUUUUUUAUCAAUACUUAAAGUUAAGCCCUGCCUUUCACAGGCCAAAGAAAUACAUUUCAGUUCUUCUGUGGUCCCAAUCACUCAACAUUUCCUAUUUGCAGGCUUUCUGGAGUCCAUUUAUUUGAUAGCACCCAAGUGUAGCUUUUCCAGUGUACUGUAGUGUAUUUUUCAGUUAUCAGAUUAUUAUUAUUAUGUAUUAAUAUCUUCUAAAUCUUGAUAUAACAGUCUUUUUAAAAAUCAAAUUUAUUAGUUGACUAUUUCAUGCAUGUAUACAUAAUGCAUUAAGAUUACUCAUCUCUAUCCUUUCUAAUCUCCCCCUUUUCCCUGUCAAUUGUCAUCUUCACUAUAAAUCUGUUUACUACACUCAUAUCUCUUUUGUUUUGUGAUCCACUGAGUUUAACAAGGGCCAGCCAUAUAACCAUGAGUGUGGAACUAUCCCUUGGAGUAUUGGAGACUCAUUAGAGUCACAUCUGAAGACAGUGACUCCCCUUAUCCUAGUAUAAGUAAGUAGCCAGUAGUUCCCUAAGGGAGAACAGGAACCCAUUAGUCUUUUUCUCAUCUGUGAUUGACAAACCCCAUCUUGUGAUAGGCUCAGUAAAGGUAACUGCAUUUAUUGUGAGUUCCUGAUAGCAAUGGCUUUGUCAUGCCCAGAAUAUAGCAUUUCAUUUCCUUUUCUCUGUCAUCCUGCUCUUGCAUUCUUUCAAGUCUGAUAAUGUCUUUUUAUUGCCAGUUCUUCCCUGACAGGAACUCUCAUUUUCUAACACUCAGGGUUCCAUUACUCUGAACUCAUAAAUAACAAGAUCUUCUAGCAUCUAGAGCUCUUAAAAUCUAGGGUUACCAAAUCAUUUAAACUUAAUUCUUAUAAAUUAUGUCAGUAUUUUGACAGGACUAUGAUAACGUUGAGGUUUUCUAUUAUCUCUCAAUAGGUGGGGUUUUCGAAUUUGUGAUUUGUAAAUGUCCAUGUCUUUUGUUAUCCAUAAAACUACUGAUUAAGGGUUCAAAAAUACAAGAUAUGUAAUGACUUGAUUAUCCAAGACUUCUAAUAUAGGGCUUUAACUAUCAAAUAUGCAAAUAUUCAGGGCCUCUGAAAUCUUUAAUGUCCAACAUAACCAAUGUUUUCAAAAAUUCAGUAUUUCCAAAAAUCCCAUGCUUAUGAUGUUUCCAAUAUCUAGGGUUUCCAGUGGUGCCAGUAUCAAGGUCUUCCAAUAUCUCCAGGUCUUCUAGCAACUGCAAGUCUUCCAACAAUAUCAAGAUCUUCCAGACAAUCCUGAACUUCCAGAAAAUGCAUGUCUUCCAGACAAUCCAUGUCGUCCAACAACCUCCAAGUCUUCCAGCAAAUCCAGUCUUCCAUAAAAUCCAGACCUUCCAGGAAAAUCGAUGUCUUCCAGAAAAAUCCACGUCUUCCAGAAGAAUCCAAGUCUUCCAGUGCAAUCUACGUCUUCCAGAAAAAUGUCUUCCACAAAAUCCAAGUCUUUCCAUCAAUCCAAGUCUUCCAGAAAAAAUCCCAGUCUUCCAGCCAGUCCAUGUCUUCCAGGAAAAUCAGUGUCUUCCAGUCAAUCCAGGUCUUCCAGAAAAAUCCAGGUCUUCAAGAUAAUCUAUGUCUUCCACAAGUUGAAGUCUUCCAGAAACUCAAGUCUUCCACUAAAUUCAGGUCUUCCAAUAGAUCCAUGUCUUCCAAUAACCUCCAGGUCUUCCAGCCAAGGUAUGUCUUCCUGAAGAUGUACGUCUUCCUGAAAAUUGAUGUCUUCCAGAAACUUCUCAGUCUUCCACAUAUUCAUGUCUUCCAAAUAAUCUUGGUCUUCCAGAUAAUUCAGAUCUUCCUGAAAAUCCAUGUCUUCCAGAAAAUUUAUGUCUUCCCAAUAUCUAUGUCUUCCAGUAAUCUUCUGGUCUUCCAUCAUCUACAUCUUACAGAAAAUCCAUGUCUUCCAUCAAAUCCAUAGCUUCCAGGAAGUCCAUGUCUUCCAGGUAAUCUAUGUCUUCCCAAAUAUCUGUGUCUUCCUCAAAAUCCAGGUCUUCCCCAAAAUCCAAGUCUUCCCAAAAUCCAGGUCUUCCAAAAAAUCCAUGUCUUCCCAAAAAUCUACAUCUUCCUGAAAAUCCAUGUCUUCCUGGAAAUUCACGUCUUCCUGGAAAUCCACGUCUUCCCAGAAAUCCAAGUCUUCCCAAAAAAUCCAGGUCUUCCUGGAAAUCCACGUCUUCCUGAAGAUCUAUGUCUUCCUGGAAAUCCACGUCUUCCCGAAAAUCUACAUCUUCCUAAAGAUCCGUGUCUUCCUGGAAAUGCACGUCUUCCCAGAAAUCCAAGUCUUCCCAAAAAUCUACAUCUUCCUGGAAAUCCACGUCUUCCUGAAAAUCCACGUCUUCCUGGAAAUCUACGUCUUCCUGAACAUCUAUGUCUUCCUGAAAAUCGAUGUCUUCCCGGAAAUCCAUGUCUUCCCGGAAAUCCAAGUCUUCCCAAAAAUUCAGGUCUUCCUGAAAAUCCACGUCUUCCUGGAAAUCCACGUCUUCCUGAAAGACCAUGUCUUCCUAGAAAUCCACAUCUUCCCAGAAAUCCAAGUCUUCCCGAAAAAUCCAGGUCUUCCUGGAAAUCCACGUCUUCCUGAAAAUCUACGUCUUCCUGAAAAUCCACGUCUUCCUGGAAAUCCACGUCUUCCUGAAAAUCCACGUCUUCCUGGAAAUCCACGUCUUCCUGAAAAUCCACGUCUUCCUGGAAAUCCACGUCUUCCUGAAAAUCCACGUCUUCCUGAAAAUCCAUGUCUGCCUGGAAAUCCACGUCUUCCCAGAAAUCCAAGUCUUCCCAAAAAUCCACAUCUUCCUAAAAAUUCACGUCUUCCUGAAAAUCCAUGUCUUCCUGGAAAUCCAAGUCUUUCCAAAAAAAAUCCAGGUCUUCCUGGAAAUCCGCGUCUUCCUGAAAAUCCACGUCUUCCUGAAAAUCCACGUCUUCCUGAAAGUCCACGUCUUCCUGAAAGUCCACGUCUUCCUGGAAAUCCAUGUCUUCCCGGAAAUCCAUGUCUCUCCAGAAAUCCAAGUCUUCCCAAAAAUUCCAGGUCUUCCUGGAAAUCCAUGUCUUCCCAGAAAUCCAAGUCUUCCCAAAAAAAUCCAGGUCUUCCUGGAAAUCCACUUCUUCCUGGAAAUCCAAGUCUUCCCAGAAAUCCAGGUAUUCCUGGAAAUCCAUGUCUUCCCAAAAAUCUACGUCUUCCUGAAAAUCCACGUCUUCCCGAAAAUCUAAGUCUUCCCAGAAAUCUAAGUCUUCCCAGAAAUCCAAGUCUUCCCAGAAAACCAAGUCUUCCCAAAAAUCCAGGUCUUCCUGGAAAUCCUUGUCUUCCCAGAAAUCAAAGUCUUCCCUAAAAAUCCAUGUCUUCCUGAAAAUCUACAUCUUCCUGAAAAAUCCAUGUCUUCCCAAAAAUCCACAACUUCCCGAAAAUCCACAGCUUCCCGAAAAUCCACGUCUUCGCAAAAAUCCACAUCUUCCUAGAAAUCCACGUCUUCCCGAAAAUCCACGUCUUCCUGAAAAUCCACGUCUUCCUGGAAAUCCAUGUCUUCCUGAAAAUCCACGUCUUCCUGGAAAUCCAUGUCUUCCUGAAAAUCCACGUCUUCCUGAAAAAUCCACUUCUUCCCAAAAAUCCACUUCUUCUGGAAAAAUCCAUGUCUUCCAAAGAGUACAUGUCUACCUACACCUCCAGGUCUUCCAGCAUCUCCAGGGCUUCCAGCAUCUGCCUGUCCUCCAGCAUCGCCACAUCUUCCAACAUCUGUGUCUUCCAAUACCUUCAGGUUUUCCUGUAACUACCCAGUCUUCCAUCAGCAGGCUCCAUAUCUGCGCCUUCCAGUGUCUCCAGUGUAUCGUUUUCUGAUAUUCAGGUUUUCCAGUGUCUUCCAUAUCCAGGUAUUGAAAGUUGUUAUAUAGUUUAUUUUUCCCAAUAUUUACCUAGUUUGGGGAUUUUUCAAAUCUAGUCUUUCCAUCUAAGUCUUUCUAGGUGCAGAUAGUUUUAGACUAAUUUCUCAAAUUAACUAUUACUGCUUUUAGUAGAACUAGCUUCAGAAUAUUUAAAAGCAUAUUAGCUCUUACAUAUCAAGUUUUAGGGGGCAACAGUAGUAUUGUUUGUGACUUUUUUGAAAUUAGAAAAUGUAUAUUCUUUAUAACUUUUAAAAGGUUGUGUUAAGAAAGAGGCUCUAUAGAACUGAUGCAGUAAUUUUACAACUUAGGCAAUCGUUAUGGUUUUGAUAGUCAACAAUGUUCAAACACAAAUGAAAAUUUUUUAUGGGAAGAUUUCAUGCUUAAAGACUAAUUUUAUAUCUAUGUAAAGAUAGUGGCAUAUAUUGAUUUAUUUUGUCUGUUUUUAAUAUUUGUCCCUAUGUGGUAAUAAUAAUAAUAAUAAUAAUAAUAAUAAUAAUAAUAAUAAUAACAAUAAUGCAAAGCAUUUGCUGUGUCCAGGCACCAUUCUAAGAUCCUUACAUGCAUCAACUCAUUUAAUCUUCACAACUCAUUGUGAUAGGAGUUAUUAUUAUCUCUGUUUUACAGAUGAGGAAAGUGGUAUAUAGUGGUGAAGUAACUUGUCUAAAAGACAGAACUAGUAAAUAAAAGAGCUAGGAUUGAACUCAGCUAGCCUGCUUCUAAAAUUCAUGAUUCUACCACUAUGCUCUCUUUUUCAUUGUAACUGAUGAUGAAAAUUGGGAUGAAAGUGAGGGGAACUAAAGUUUUAUGGUUCCCAUAUUGUAUGUAGAAUAUUAUAAAAUCUCGUGUGUCAUAUUUUAACCUGUCACUGUCUGAGCCUUAUUUGAAUCAAGUCAUCCUAAAACCAGCUACUGUACCACCCCCUUGCUCAUGCACAUGAAAGUAGGUACCAAUAUUUCCUGAUACCAGGUUAAAAGAAGGAUACAGUGAGGUACUGAAUUCAAAUACACCUUACUUAGAAUUACAGUCAUAGCUUCAUGCUUGGAAUUUUAAUGCUUAGAAAUUUAACUUUCCUUUCCAGUUUAAUACCUUGUCACUUAUCAUUCUCCAGUCUUAACCAUGCUAUCUGGAUCACUUACUAUUAGUUUGUUUUUGACCUCCAGGAUCUUCAUGCUUCUUCAGAUAUCACUGACUUCCUGGGUUCCUGACCAUUCACUGCCUUGUAUCCACAUAAUGGUAACUAUAACUUAAAUCCCAAGCUGAUGAGCUAGAGAGCUGUCUUUUCUUGAUUCUCUAAGUCUCAAAUCUCCUCAGGCACAGAUAGCAAUGUUGCUACUCAUACCUCUGGUUGAUAUGAAAACAUAAAAGACAUAUAAUAAACUUAUAGUUAGGCAAGUAAUAUCCGAAGAUUUGCAGUCAUCUGUGUGAUAACAAAAAGUAACAACAAUAACAAUUGAAAUAUCAAUACAUUUUGAAUUAGAGUUGACAAAGUGCUAUCACCUCAUUUAUUCAUCCAUUCAUUCAUUCAUUCAAUAAAUAUUUAUUGAGCGCCAAAUUUGUGCCAGGCAUUUUUAAUAGACCUUAAAAUUAUUUGGGGCUACGGAUAAUUUUCAGUUGUGGUAAAGGCAUGGAGAAAAAGUAAGUAUAGGAUGCUGUGAGAAUUUUUAAAGUCAAGAAGUCAAAUUCAUACUGAUGCUAAAGAAUCUUUCUUUUUGGAGUGUUACAGUAAGCUUGCGAUUUAGAUAAUAUAGGUGAAUUUAUAUCAGUUUUACCUAAUUAGAGCAAUGGGUAUGGGUUUAAGGUGUUGUCUGAGCUUCUUUUUUCCCUUCACUUCCAUUCUGCCUUAAUCAGAAACGUUGAUAAUUUGUAAUUUUAACCAUUUUAUCCAAAGCAUUUUCCUAAUUAUUUUCAAUGUGAAUAAUGCAAGCUGGGUGUGCUAGCUGCGGUCUCAGCAUUCUAUGGACUAAAACAGGCAGAGUGAGAGUUAAAGGCCAGCUUGGCCUGCAUAAGGAGAGUUUGUCUCAAGAAAAGGUAGAUAAGUUUUAGAAGACUGUGAUGGCCAGGUAGCUAAAGCAUUAGACUCAGAAAAAAUAUAUAGAUAAUUCAUACAUAAUGGUAUUCCCUAUAGUUACUGGCUAUAACAAAAAUGGAAAAAAAAAUUCUAGAUUAUGUGUGUGUGUGUGCGUCCAGUUAUAUCAUUGUAUGUCCAGUUAUAUCAUUGUCUGUGAGUGUAUAUGCACAUGUGCAGGAGUAGAGAAAUCAUAUAUGAGUGUCAUUCUUCAGAAGUCCUUUGCCUUGUUUAUUUGUGUCUAUUUGUGUCUUUUGUUGUUGUUUGUUUUGACCCAAGGUCUCUCACUGGUCUAGAGCUUUCAAUUAGGCCAAAUGGUCCCUUGUGUCCAUAUGUCUCUGCCUCCCUAGUGCUGGAAUUAGAAGGGCAUAACACUACAUCUAACCCUUUAAAAAUAUAACUCCUCAUGUUUGUGAAGUAUAUGCUUUACUAUACGGGUUAUAUCCCCAGUCACUAGCUCUAGCUUUAAGGCAAUAAAUAAGUAAAUGUCUUGUUUAUAUAUGCUAUUCGUCAUUAAAAUAUGUAUGGCUUGUGCAUUAAUUAAUGUUAGUUUCAAAAUUAGCUCGAUGAUAUAAAGUGUGACUUUAGUUAUUUUUCAAACAUAUGAUUAGAGACAAAUGGCCACCAGAGAAUGUGAACUGGUUAUUAUAGCGUAAGAAGGAUGUGUGGGAUCUUUUUUUAAAUAUUUCUACUGUUUUCCCCCAUAGUAUAACCAUACAAAAAUUAUGUUGAAGAAAAACAUUUAAUCAGUUGUAUACAGUUUAUUAUUUAUUUGCCUUUCUAAAAUGUAUAUGUAACUUUUUUAUUUCAAAACUUCAAAAUAUAAAGAAAUAAAAUUAAAAAGCUUAUUCUCAAAUUUUCUCAGUUCUUACAGAAAAUCAUUAUAAAGAUUUUAUGUUCUUUCAGAAUUUUCAGCAUAUUUUUCUUUUUAAAAUGGAAUGAGUCCACUAUGUAACCUAAUAUUUUACUUAAUAAAUUGUUAAUUUCCACAAGAGUAAACUGUGAUUUCAUGUUAAAAUUUUAAUACAAGGUAUAUUUAUUUCAUUUCCUUUUAGUAGACAUUAUAUUCCUUCCAACAUUUUAAGAUUAUUAAAACAUGUUGUGAGGAGUGCACAGACAGCACAAGUUGUAUGGUACCCAAACUGCCAUCACAUUACAAUUCAGUUUGUACUAUGGCAAAACUUGUAUACAUAGUACUUAGAUAAAGAAUUAAAGUGAGAAGUCACUGGUUCAAAGAUUGAUAACUUCAAUGUGUUUUUUUUUUUUCACAGAAAAACUUACAAGCAAUCCAGAUGCCAAAAUUUGAGAGAUGGUUAAGAAAAAAUUAUAUGGUAGCUACUUUCCAGAAGUUCCAGUUUACACCUGGAAGAAUUACUGAAAUGCUACCACGUUCACAAGGUGGUAUCAGUAAAAUGAACAGUCACAUACAA